CACCAACCCGAAUGUGAUCGUUAAAGGGAAAGAGACCUUUUAAAAGCUCACAGACUUAUGUUUCAGGCCACGGUGAGAAGGUAACCUUGGAGAGGCCCGACCUAAGGUGUGGGGCCCUGGACAGAAGGGCUAUCUGAGACGUCUCCCCUUCCACUUGCCAGGAUCGAGACACACCCCUGAGCCCAGAUGUCCAGCUCCUCCGCAUCACGCGCUCUGGGAUCUGUAUGCUUCUUAUACACGUGGAGAAACUAUAACCUGCAGCUGUGACCAUCUUGAACUGGAUCCCAGAAAACAGGCCACGAUUGGGGUGUACUCCUCACGGCUUCCCUGCCUGGAAACUAAAUCCUAAAAGUCCUGUGUUGAUGGUGUCUGGAGCAACAGAAGGUGAACUGAGACAAUGAUGAAGUCUAGCAGACUUCAAAAGCCAUGGGUCCACAUCCCCAAAUUCUCACAAGAAUCCUGCUGGAGACUGAACAUCUCCCAUAGUUCCUAGCAUGGAAUGCUCACCUCCACAUGAAGGCUCCCAAGAACUUCAGAAGCAAACGCCUCCUGCACCAGCUGCCAAAACUCCACCAAAUCCUAGUUCACCCCAAACAAUGGACAAGUCCCAAGCCCUCCACAGAGGAGUUAACUGGUGGGACAGAGACCCAGCCUGGAGGCACGGGACUUCAGGGACGCCACUCUGCUGGACAGCCUGGAGGUCAGCCACACUCCUAAUGGAGGUCGGUGUGCGGGCUGCUCUAGGGCUGUCCCUCACAGGCAUGUCUGGCCUUGGCCUCAUCUCCCCUGCCUGGUUCCAGAGCCCAUCCUUCUCCUACGGUGUCUUUGCAUACUGCUCCUGGCCACAGGGUGACCACUGGAACCAGAGCUGUGCGACCUUUGGGUCCCUGAAGGACAUGCCAGGCUUGGCCUGGAAGGUCUCAGCUGCGAUGCUUCUGGAAGGCUGGGUCCUGCUGGCCAUUAGUGCUCUUCUUCUUUUGGCCUGGGCACUAGCCCCAAGAAGGCUGUAUCCCUGGAGGGGCUCUGCUACAACAUCCAUGGUGCAGGCAGCAGCAGCAACCUCCACCCUUGUAGGUCUGCUGGUUUUUCCAGUCACUCUGGAAAUGUCCAAAGAAGUCUGUGAAGGUUCCUCCACAUACUACAGCGGAACAUGCCAGCUAAGCUGGGGCUAUUCCAUUACCAUCCUCAAUGUGGUCCUGACCAGUCUGCUUGUUGUCAUUGGAUGGCCUCGAAUGAGCACAGUCCAGAGGACAGCUACCCUAUCCUCUAGUGACACUUGGGGAAUCUCCCUUGUGUCAGAAUAAGCAAAUGACCAUCACCCAGGAAAAGAGAAAGACAAUCAGGAACUAUCUACUCUACAGUCAUAUGAAAUUGUUACGCACACAGGUUCAAAUCUCACUUCUUCUGCUUCCAUGUUGUGUGACCUCAGGCAUAUCACUUGCCCUUUCUGGACUAAUCUAUUACUGGGUAAAUUGGAGGUUGGCAUAAUGCCUGCUUUAUGGAGGGGGUUGUUAUGAAGGACUUUGAUUUGCCUUAUGUAAACGGAGCAUGUUGUCCAUGUCUGGCACAGAGAGCUCAGCAAACAUUUGUUGUCACCGUGUCCCUGACUCACAGAACUAAGGGAACUAGGGUGGGAAUUAAAUAUAUGGAUAGAAAGUCCACAAAGCAA